AUGACUGAAGAUUUCAUAGAACCUACAAAAUAUCCAGUCAAAGAUUUGGUCGGAAAUACACCUUUAUCACGAGAUUCAGCAGUAGCUUAUGAUUCUGUAAAGAGAGAUGCAUUGGCAAAGAUUGAUAAUGAAGAGCUUAAAUUUAUUCAUUUUCGUAUAUGUAUGGUUGCGGGUGUAGGAUUUUUAACGAGCGCCUAUCAUUUGUUUUCUAUUAAUCUUGUCUCAGCAAUCUUUGGGCAUGCUUAUUUUACGGAUAAUGCUAAUGUUGUGCCCAUAAGUAUCGAUACCGAACUGAAGUCUUCAGCGACAUUUGGAGCUAUCCUCGGGCUAUUGUUGUUUGGAUGGAUGUCUGAUCGAUAUGGUCGUAAAAAGAUGUAUGGAUUUGAACUCGUUAUUAUUAUCGUGGCUGCUGUGGGAUCAGCUCUUUCUGCAAAUUCCUUUGCCGUAAACAUGUUUUCGGAGAUAAUGUUUUGGCGUAUUCUUUUAGGCAUGGGUGUUGGAGGAGAUUAUAUACUAUCUGCUGUUAUCACCAGUGAAUUUGCUACUAAAAGAAGACGUGGAAUGACAAUUCCAGAAUCACCGCGUUUUAUUAUGGAUGUCAAAGGAGAUAUUAAAAAAGGAUACGUAGAGGUAGAAGAUCUUCUCCGUUACGAUAGUUAUAAAAGUAAUAAACAAUCUGAAACACAUUGUCUAGUGGAGCCACCCAAAACUACAUUGAAGGAUUUUCGAGAAUACUUUGGUAGAUGGAAGAAUGGAAAGAUCCUUCUCGCUACUAGCUUCACAUGGUUUGCCAUUGAUGUGGGAUUUUACGGGAUUGCGUUUAACCAAGGAAUCAUACUGAAUGCUAUCAACCUAAACAAUGCUUCGGAUCCAUAUCAGUCUUUAUAUGAUGUUGCGGUUGGUAACAUAGUCGUGACCGCGCUGGGAACCGUACCUGGAUAUUGGUGUAGCAUCUUAUUAAUAGAUAAACUAGGACGGAAAUUCAUUCAGCAAAUGGGAUUUGCUGUCCUCACAGUCCUUUUUUUGAUCUUGGGGAUCUCCUUUCAUAUGGAUAUUCCGCCAAUUAUAUUUACUAUCAUCUUUACAAUAUCAAUGUUCUUUAUAAACUUUGGUCCUAAUACGACCACUUUUGUCGUACCUGCCGAAGUAUUUCCAACACGCUAUCGUUGUACAGGUUACGGAAUUUCGGCUGCAAGUGGAAAACUCGGUGCUAUUGUAGCUCAAAUGUGUAUUUUAUUUCUUAAAGACAUUGGUGGAAAAAAUCAUUUCAUAAGCUGUUUAUUUCAAAUAUUUGCAGCGUUUGCAUUUGCGGGAUUCUUAUGUUCUUACUUAAUACCAGAAACUAAAGAUCGUUCAUUAGAAGAAACUUCUAACGAAGUUUAA